AGCCGAGGGCCAGCGGGGGCGAAGCAGGUAGUGUUGACGUGAGCUGUAAGAGUUUGGGGGUUAGUUAAAAAAAAUCCGCGAGAUUUCUCAUCGUUCAGCUACCUCGGUUACUCCUUAAACAUGGUUGCAAAGCAGAGGAUACGCAUGGCUAACGAGAAGCACAGCAAAAACAUCACACAACGAGGAAACGUGGCAAAAUCUUCAAGAGGCUCACAAGAUGAAAAGGCGGCAGUAGGACCGUGGCUCCUAGCUUUAUUCGUCUUUGUAGUAUGCGGAUCAGCCAUUUUCCAGAUUAUUCAGAGCAUCAGAAUGGGCAUAUAAGGAAGCAAGCUAGCCAUCAUCACUCAGCAUUCCACCCUUUGUUCUUCCCGCUGUGCUGGAAAGGCCGAAGAUCACCUGUCUAUUUCUGAAGUCUUAUUUAAAACAUGUUGCUGUUGUCACAAUAUUCUGAUCUCUUGUGCCUUACAAAAAUAGUGGUAAAAUGGAAGAAAACAUUUGUAGUUAAAAUUAAAAUAAAUAAAAAAAUCAAGCCAUAUCUUAUAGAACAUUCCAGCACAGGAUUACUUUUUUCUUUCUUUCUUUUUUCCUUUUUUUUUAAAACCAAGUUUACUGAUGCAUCUGCCUUAUUAUUGCUAGACAUUCUUUCAAUAUUUGUAUUCUUGGUUUUUCCAUUUGUUUCUGAGGAUUAUUUGAUGGUUCAUUCUAGGCUGUUUCUGUAUACCAUGCAAUGUGUAUAUGGGUGCCAAAAUAUGAGGUUUUAAUUUAGGCCAGAUAAAUACGCAAGUUGUCCUGAAUGAAUGCAAUAUAAUUAUGUAAACUAUUUGGAGCUCUACACCUUGUAUUCAUUCCUGUCUAUGUUUAAUGCUGUGCAUUCUUUGAACUGUAUUUUGACAGAAAUAAAUGAAGGUGUUUAGAAUCAAGUUUGUUUAUUGGACAGUUGCAAAAUGUUUCUGCUUUCCAUCUGAAUGUCCUUUUAACAAAUAAAAAGAUUACGUUUUUA